CUCUACAGUCAACAUUCCAAGGGCGCCUACUACUGUUAUCAAAUGUCUGCCUUGCCUGUCCUGGAAUCAUCGCCUGCAAAUAGAUUUAAAAAGAGCAGCCUUGUUUGGCUACCUUUGAAGUAGCCUCUGGUGCCUUAGGUCAUCCCAAGGACUCAUAUCUAGGCAUGGGCAAUCCUCAUACUGCCCGUACCCAUCGCGAUACUAGUCUGAAUCUUUGAGAUCUCCAUACUUGCUUGUCUCCAAAAUUAUCACCUCUCUUGGUCAGGGCAUCAUCAAAGCUGUCUGUGCCAAGACAAGAAAGGCCCUCUAGCCUGUGUCCCUGGUCAAAUCUUGAUCUCUAGCUCAGCCAAACGAACAAUCACCACGGUUAAUACCCGGCAACGUCUGCUGGAAUUCUCCGUUUCCUAGAGACUUCACUGAGACUCUGGGCACUGAACAGGAAAUCCAGGUCCUUAAACUCAGCGUAACCAAAAUCGUUCAAAAUGUCUGGACUGCUGUGUUCACGGUUCACGUGGCAAGGCCAUGGCACUGAUAUCUAACCAUCUAAAGAAUCCCUUAAUGGAGUCUUCUCUCACAUCAGAGGGCAUGCUGUUCGCCAGGAGCGGGGAAACAGUGUUGUGAUCUGAAAGUAGCCUCUCUGCAGUCUCUAACACAGCUCCCUAAAUUAAGUCAAACCCUGCUGACUCCCGUACAUCUUGAUAGAUCAGAUCCCAAGGAAAGAAUUUGAAGAUUUCUGUAAGAUCCUUGCCUUUUCCUCCUGCCACAAGUGUUUCUCCUUCAGCUGUUCUGGGCAAGGAUCCAGGCGUCAAGAUUGCGACAGUUGACAGUGUGACCACCUAGUUUGCUCUACUGAGAUUAUAGCGCGAUAUGAAGACUUUUUUCAUCUUCACUCUCUUAAGUCUCGCAGUAGCUAAUACUCCCAAAGCCGUUCUGAAAGAAUAUAACAAUUCAGAAGAAUACUUACCAGAGAAUUUUAAUGUUCCUUAUAUGGUCUAUCUGCAGUCCAGCCCAGAGCCUUGUGUUGGGACUCUCAUUGACCCUCAGUGGGUGCUCACCGCUGCUCAUUGUUCUUUACCAACUAAAAUCCGACUGGGAGUUUACCGACCCAACAUCAAAAAUGAGAAAGAACAGAUAUGUAAUUACUCAUUCACUGUAGUCCAUCCUAAUUUUGAUGCAAAAUUACUGAAAAAUGACUUGAUGCUGAUAAAACUCUCAUAUCCUGCUACUAUCAACAUGUAUGUGGGAACUAUAGCCAUAGCUAUGGAACCAAUGGCAUUUAAUGAAUCCUGCUUCAUACCAACAUGGACCUGGAAUAACUACAAAAACCUUAGUGAUCCUGACAUCUUGACAUGGAUAAAUGAGUAUUCUCUUUCCCCAAGUGACUGUUUGGACACUCUUCAUCAACAGAAACAAGAAACAAGAAUAAACAUUAUGUGCAUAGGACAUUCACUUAAUGCUAUGUCUGCAACUAAGGAAGUAUCAGCUGCUCCAGCCAUCUGCAGUGGGAGGGUGCAUGGAAUAUUGUCCUGGGGGAAAGCAAGUGUAGCCAAUGGAAGCAAAGGCUUCUUCACUGAAAUUCAUCCCUAUGCAAGAUGGAUCUUAAAAAUGAUACGAUCACACUGAGAAGUGACACCACUCAGUAUAAAAUCAUGCCGUCUGUACAAUGGAUCAACAAUUCAUCAUCUGUCUUAUUGAAAAGAACCCAGGGAAAACACCCAAUAAAAUAUCACCAGAAAUCU